AUGGCACCAGCGCAGGGUCAACAGCAGGAUCUGAAGCAGCAGCAGCAGCGGCAACCAUCCAGUAAUAUGUCAAAAGUGAAAGUCCACCGCAAGGGGUGCCGGCAAGAAUGGACCCUACUAGGGUCUAGUAUUGUGACCGUCCUGUUGAUGCUGUCACUGACAGUGACGCUGGCCGUCCGGGGACAGCAGCUACAGGAGGGUAACGGCGCACCGGAAGGCAUUGAGUGGCUAACGCAUCCGUCUUCCGGUGGUUCCCAUCAUCCACAUCACCAUCGCAAACAUCCGCAACGACAUCACCAGCAUCGGGAUAUUGUUGCUGGUGGGGACGACGAAGGCGACGAUGGUGGCGGCGGUGGCGGUAUUGGUGGUCUACCGGCGGGGGAAAAAAUGGAAAAUUUUCUGCUCAUCGAUUACCUGAACGAUGGUGAACGGGAACGUCGCCUCCAUUAUAAUGGUAUCAUCGGCAAGGAGACAAGCAUCGCCGACACUAGUUCGAAUAAAACGCUGAGUCUUUGGCAAAUGGCAACACCCAAGUACCUGAUGCAAAUCAUCUACAACAGCGACGGCGAUAUGAUGGACUGCGAGUACGUCCGGCAGCGACCUCUGGUCCUGCAGUUCCGUUCGCGCUUCACCGCCGAGUUCGCCCAGGGGCGGGCCCGAAACUUUACCUCGCCGUACAACUUUCCCGCUGGCGCCGGUCGUCACUCGCUCGUGUCCGAUCACGACUUCCAGGAGUACAUGGAGCACGGUGUCGUCACGCCCGAAAUGGACGAGCUGCAGUACAACGUGUACGAGUUCCCGGCCGGCGUCGCGUCGCCCGCCAGUAACGAUGUGUUCGGCAUGCGAAAUCUCACCUACAUUCCACUGCACGACCGGGCAGACAUACCGGUGGAGCUGCAGGGGCAGCUGAAUUUUCACGAGCUCAAGCAACGGUGCGACGUGCGGCAUAUGCAGCUGAAGGAGAUCGCAACCGGACUGCGCAGUUCCGAUCCCGAGCACAAGCGGAUAGCGAACGAGAAGCUGCAGAGGCACAAGCGUGCGAUCGCCGACUGGUUCCUGUCGCCGAACACGAAAUGGUGCGGCAAGGGACAUUCGGCCGCCCACUACCACCAGCUAGGAGGCGCAUCCCGCGCGGACAUGUGCUGCCGGAAGCACGACCACUGCAAGAUCAUGAUACCGCCCAUGGCCACUCAGUGGAAUCUGUUCAAUUUCCGUCCCUUCACGAUCAGCCACUGUAGCUGCGAUAUGAGGCAACGGCGCGACCUGUCCGACAUGCUGCGCGUUCCCGGUACGAAAUGGUGCGGCAAAGGCUGGAGCGCUCGCAACUACGUCGAGAUGGGCGGCUACUCGAAGGCGGACCGGUGCUGCCGUCAGCACGAUCUCUCCUGCCCGUUCUGGAUACUUGGCUUCGAGACGAAGUACAGCCUGUUCAACUGGCGCGUCAACACCCUGAUGCACUGCAGCUGCGACGAGAGAUUCCGAACCUGCCUCAAGAUGGCCGACUCCAGUGAUUCCAAUCUGGUCGGCAAACUGUUCUUCAACAUCGUGCAGAUGAAGUGUUUCGUGCUGAAGCCGGAAACGGUGUGCGUGAAAAAGUCCUGGUGGGGCAAGUGCGAAAAGAAAAUCCGUCGCAAGCGGGCCCACCUGCGGGACAAUCGCAAGUUCUAA